CGCGAAAAGAACGGAGAAUCGACGAAAAAUGCUGACCAAACUGUUGAAGAUUAGCUGCACUUCGAGGCAGUGCACCUUUGCCAAGCCGUAUCAGGCGAUUCCAGGACCUCGAGGACCCUUUGGAAUGGGUAAUCUAUACAACUACCUGCCCGGAAUCGGAUGCUAUUCCUGGCUAAGGUUGCACCAAGCCGGCCAGGAUAAGUAUGAGAAGUAUGGCGCAAUUGUGCGGGAAACUAUAGUUCCAGGACAGGACAUCGUCUGGCUGUACGAUCCCAAGGACAUAGCUUCACUGCUCAACGAGCGGGACUGUCCGCAGAGGAGAAGUCACCUGGCACUGGCCCAAUAUCGCAAGAACAGGCCGGAAGUCUACAAAACCACCGGUUUGUUGCCCACCAAUGGUCCGGAAUGGUGGCGUAUACGUGCCCAGGUGCAGAAGGAGCUGAGUGCUCCAAAGAGUGUGCGGAACUUCGUUCGCCAAGUGGAUGGAGUGACCAAGGAGUUCCUUGGAUUUCUGCAAGAAUCUCGCGAUGGUGGUGCCAUUGAUAUGCUGCCCAAGCUCACCAGACUGAAUUUGGAAUUAACUUGUCUGCUUACCUUUGGAGCCCGUCUGCAGUCCUUUUCUCCCCAGGAACAAGAUUCUGAAUCCCGAUCCACCCGCUUGAUGGAUGCAGCGGAGACCACUAAUAGCUGCAUUCUGCCCACGGAUCAGGGUCUCCAACUGUGGCGAUUCCUGGACACACCUAGUUUUCGAAAACUAAGCCAGGCCCAAUCAUACAUGGAGGCAGUGGCUCUGGAGUUAGUGGAGGAGAAUGUAAGGAAUGGUUCAGUGGGAUCUUCACUGAUCUCGGCGUAUAUAAGGAAUCCCGAACUUGAUCGCAGUGAUGUGGUGGGCACUGCUGCAGACUUACUCUUGGCUGGCAUCGAUACCACCUCGUAUGCCUCGGCAUUCCUGCUCUACCACAUAGCUCGAAAUCCGGAGGUGCAGCAGAAACUGCACGAGGAGGCCAAGAGAGUGCUUCCGUGUCCCACGGAUGAGCUAUCCAUGGAUGCCUUACGAACUGAUAUCACCUAUACGAGGGCUGUCCUCAAGGAAUCACUUCGCUUGAAUCCCAUUGCCGUGGGCGUGGGUAGGAUUCUUAACCAGGAUGCGAUCUUCAGUGGCUACUUUGUGCCCAAGGGGACCACCGUGGUGACCCAGAACAUGGUAGCCUGCCGCCUGGAGCAGCACUUCCGGGAUCCCCUGCGCUUCCAACCAGAUCGCUGGCUCCAGCACCGCAGUGCCCUGAAUCCCUAUCUGGUCCUGCCCUUCGGCCACGGAAUGCGGGCCUGCAUAGCCCGCCGUUUGGCGGAGCAGAAUAUGCACAUUCUGCUUCUCAGGCUGUUGCGUGAAUACGAAUUGAUUUGGAGCGGAUCCGACAAUGAGAUGGAUGUCAAGACCCUGUUGAUAAAUAAACCCGAUGCUCCAGUGCUGAUUGAUCUGCGAUUGCGUAGGGAAUAGGUACUAUAUAUACAUAAGUCGGCAGAGU